AUGGGUGGUGCGCCUUUCCUCUGGGACUGGCAAAAUGGCCUCUGGAAUAAGAUAGCCGACGAUCGCGCAACCUUCUUUUCCCCAAACCCCAGAAACAUGCAUCCCAAGUCAAUUCUUAUCGCUUUCGCCCACCUUCUAGCCAUUGCUGCUGCUGCGGUCGAACCGCGUCAAGCUGAACCAGCCCCCACCGUCUUUACUGCAGAGAGAGUCUACCACGCAGUCAUCGACCAACCUCCUUACUUGGUUGAUAUGACCUCCACCAUCACUUGGACCUACAUCGUCGACGCCUACGUCCUCAUCGACGCCUGCGUCCUCAUCGACGCCUACGUCCUCAAGCACUGCAUCCUCAAGCACUGCGUCCUCAAGCACUGCAUCCUCAAGCACUGCGUCGACCUGAAAAGAUGA